AUGACUAUAGGAGGAAAUAUUACAGAGAUCACCCACUUCAUCCUCUUGGGAUUCUCAGAUUUUCCCAGGAUCUUAGCAGUGCUCUUUGUUAUAUUCCUGCUGAUCUACAUUACAACUGUGACCUGGAACCUGUGCCUCAUCAUCUUAAUAAGGAUGGAUUCCCACCUCCACACACCCAUGUACUUCUUCCUCAGUAACCUGUCGUUCAUAGAUAUCUGCUAUGUUACUUCCACGGUCCCAAAGAUGCUCUCCAACUUCUUUCAGAAGCAGCAAACAAUCACCUAUUGGGGCUGCAUUGUCCAAUACUUCAUCUUUUCAACCACGGGUCUGAGUGAUUCUUGUCUCCUGACAGCCAUGGCUUAUGACCGAUAUGCUGCCAUUUGUAAACCACUGCUCUAUUCAUCCAUCAUGUCUCCCAGCCUCUGUGGUCAGAUGGCACUGGGAACCUAUAUGGCUGGAAUCUUUGGUUCUUUAUCCCAACUGUAUGCCUUGCUUCAGCUACACUUCUGUGGGCCUAAUGUUAUCAACCACUUCUUCUGUGACAUGCCUCAGUUGUUGAACUUGUCCUGCACUGACACUUUCUUUGUGAAAGUUAUUCUUGCUAUAUUAACAGUGACCUAUGGGAUAGCAAAUGCUGUAAUCAUCAUGCUAUCCUAUGGUUAUAUUGUCAUCUCCAUUAUGAAGAUCACUUCAGCUAAAGGCAGAUCCAAGGCUUUCAACACCUGUGCUUCUCACAUGACCACUGUUUCCCUGUUCUAUACAUCAGUUGUCUAUGUCUAUUUGAGCUCCAGCUCUGGUGGUUCCUCCAGCUUAGAUAGAUUUGCCUCAGUCUUUUAUAAUGUGUUCAUUCCCAUGUUGAAUCCAGUGAUUUACAGCCUGAGGAACAGAGAGAUUAAAGAUGCCUUGAUGAGGUUGAAAAAAAAGAGAGGGCACUGCUAA